UGCCCGUGACCUGACGGGUAGAUUUGUCACGGGAUGCUCGGACGUGAAACACGACGACUCUGACAACACAACAAAAAUGCCAAGAAGUUUUGGCGCCAACAGGAGGUAGUGCAGGCGCGGGACGACAGCAAAAAUGGUCCAGUGCACGUGGAUGUGGACGUAUUACACCUUAGUGACGAGAAUAUUGGGCAUUCUGACUGCGAUAGUACUAUGGGGUGUUGGAGUGGAGACGAUAACAUCAAUAAAUGUAGGCAUCGGCCUGUACCUAAUAAUUGUAGCUAUUGUCACAUCUUUCCUGGAAGCCACAUUUCUGCUGGACAAAUGUGCAUGUUGUGGGGAGGGGACAGCAUGUCACAAGGUGUGGCGAGUGGUGAUGUGGAUCGACAACUGGAAGAAAGGCAUCCUGUACAUCCUGUUGUCCAUUGUCUGCUUCCUCAACCCGAUAUCCAGCUGGAUGGCAGUCAUACCAGGCUUGUUCCUGAUCCUGAGCGGCCUGCUGUACCUUGGCCGGACCUACAAGAAGCACCGUGACGAGCAGACGAGGGAGUCGGCCCAGGGGGAGGCCUACAGCAGGUGGGAGGGAUUUGAGGACCCAGCUGAGUUCACCCCGGGGUCCCCCGCUGAUGAGAUUGGUACAGCCCAGAUCUCCACCGAGCUCCCCUCCGAGGACAAGUUUGAGGAAGAGAUGGAGGCAGACGGAGACAUCGAUGCUACAGACGAAACUGCACCUGCCAUUCCUAACAGACAGUAACAAACACCUAGGCCAGAGAUCACUGUAUAUUUAUGAGACUAAAGAA